CGACUGACUUUCGUUUCCCUCACGAAACUUGUAUUCAUGCCUAGUAUUUAUGAACCUUGUGCACCGGAAAGGGGAACUAACAGCUGCGGAAAACCAAAGCGACCCUAUUACAGAGAGGGCGCAUUGUGUGUCUAACAAGCAGAGGACAGACCUUUCCAACCGGUGUCCGCGAGGAACAUGAUGGAUGCAUCUGAUCAAGAAGAGUUGGGUGUGGAUGCGGAUCAGCCUCUGGCACCUCACAAUGGCGUCAUAAAUAAACUGCUGAAUGUGGGACAAGAAGACAACAUGCAUGGCCAGAUGGAGGAGUUUCUGGGCCCGCAGGCAGAGUACAACGAGGAGGAGGAGGAGAGGAAAUACUACAGGAGGAAGAGGCUGUGUGUCAUCAAGAAUGUUCUUGCAGCCAGUGUUGGAGCCAUGAUUGUGUACAGUGUAUACAUGGGCCUCCUGCAGAUGCAGCUGAUCCUCCAUUAUGAUAUGACUUACCGUGAGGUGAAGUACAGCAACCUUGGCCUAGAGGACAUUGAUCGCAAGAUGCUGAUGGGCAUCAACGUCACCCCCAUCAUAGGCUUGCUUUACACCCCUGUACUUAUCAGGUUUCUAGGCACUAAGUGGAUGAUGUUCCUGGCUUCAGGAAUCUACGCACUCUUUGUCUCAACCAAUUACUGGGAGCGGUACUACACCUUGGUUCCAUCUGCCGUAGCCAUCGGUGUGGCCAUUGUGCCGCUCUGGGCCUCCUUGGGAAAUUAUAUUACAAGGAUGGCGCAGCAGUACUACGAGUACGUCCACUACAAGGAAGACCAUGUGCAGGAGCAGAAGAAGCUCCCUAAGGGAGCGUGUCACAAAUACAUAAUUGUCUUCCAGUCAGUCUUCCACAUCAUCUUCCAUUUGAGUUUUGUCUUCGCGGAGUUCCCCAUGUGCUUCGUCCUAAACGGCUACCUGCAUAAAAGCGAACACAUUCUCCUAAAUGUCCACUCCUGCGGCGCAAACAUCAGUGGAGUGAUCCCCGGCUUCAACACCACUGUGCUUACCAACCUGCCUCGCUCCAUGCUGCUCAUCCAGGUGGAGAGUGUCCUCAUGGGCUUCGCCUUCCUCGCCAUGAUCAUCUUCCUUGUGCUUUGUGGCCCUGCCUACCGCCCGACAGAAGAAAUCGACCUCCGCAGUAUUGGCUGGGGAAACAUCUUCCAGCUGCCUUUCAAACACCUGAGAGACUACCGCCUGAGACUGCUCUGCCCCUUCUUCAUCUACAGUGGAUUUGAAAUGCUGUUUGCGAUCACUGGAUUUUCCUUGUCCUACGGCGUCUGCGUUUUGGGCCUGGAUAAACUGUGGCUCCUUAUAGUCGUCUAUGGCCUCUCCUGCUCCGUCUUUUCCUCCCUUUCCCUUUGCCUCCUACGCCUCCCACGCUGGGUGUGUCUGGUGGGGGGCGCGGCUGUGCAUGGAGUGCUGCUGGUGGUGCUCCUGGCGUUUUCUCCACCUCCUAAAAAUCUGGAGUAUCUGGGCCCUCUGCUGGUGAUCUCUGUGCUGUGGGGACUUGGCACAGCGCUGAACAAGACGGGCGUCAGCACUCUGAUCGGUAUGCUCUACGCUGAGGAAAAAGAACGUCUGGACUUUGUCUACACCAUCUAUCAUUGGUGGCAGGCCAUCGCCAUCUUCAUAGUCUACCUCUGGUCCAACCUGCCCAUGAGGGCCAAACUCUCCAUCCUGUUGGCCACUUUAGUGCUGGCCUGCUACUGUUAUUGGUUGAUGGAGCGUCGGCUGGCCAUGAAAUUGCCUUUCAGACUGCCUCGCAUCCCGCGGCCCCGGCACAAGGUCAAAGGUUAUCGCUACCUGGAAGAGGACAACUCAGAUGAGUCAGACUCUGAGAGAAGUGAGGAGGAUGACGAAGAGGAGAGGGAGAACGAAGAGCAUGUGGUGGAAGAGAUGGGAGCAGAGGACAGGGAGAAAGGAGGCCAAGACGCAGAGGUCCAGGGAGUUGACUCACCCAAAGCCAGGAGGAGAGGGGCUGAGGGGCACCGCAACAGACGGGAGGACGCUCAGAUGAAGGAGGGAGUGAAAGAAGAGCGUGAGGGAGGUUGAGAGAGGAGUCAAGGGAGGAUGAAUUAGAGAUGAUUUUAGACCAAUGAAAGAUGUACACAAGUUGGCAAGAAUUUGAGAUUGACUGGAUGCUGUUGUGCUCUUACAUAUUUUCCAGAUACGUUUUUACAUGCUACACCAUGAGCUUUUAUUGAAAAGCUCUAAUUACCUGUUUAACUAUAGUCACAACAGUUGCCCAGAAGAAAGGGUACACAAACUGUAAAUACUAUAUUGCUAUUUAAGAAUAGAUAUAGCAAAACACGACUAAAAAUCAAAAUGCAACAAGAAUACUUUCGUUGUGGCUCAUAUUCACCAAAGUGGUAUAAAGGUCAUAGCAGCUGUUUGUCAAGAAAAACACAUUUUCUUUGACAAGCAAAUUAGUUUCAUUUUAAAAAGAGCACUUCACUGCAAGCGACAGAAAAGGGAAUGAGGAAUUGAUUUUCUAAGUCUGUCCUCAGUCUGAAGUGCGUUUGGAUGGAGUCAUUCAUAGAGAGCCUGGGUCUGCUGAAUGUGAGCAGCAUAAGCAGCCUCAACUUAUUUGUUCUUCGGCCUUUUUUUUACUUCCAACCCCUUAGUUUAUGCACAUUUCUAGAAGAAAACCCAAAUCAGCCUCUUUUUUAGAUGCUCAUAUCUGUGUUUGUUGUUCCUCUUGGGAGGAGUGCAACAUGCUUUUGCAGAAGUUGAAUAUGAAUGUAUGUUUAUGCUUUAGUUCAAUAUACAAUAGGUACGGGCGGUUAUGUAUGGGCAAUGCCAGUAAGUAAGGAAUUAAUGUUGGUAUACAGUGGCCUCAGGGAUAUUAUUGGUACUAAAUAUGUGCAGUGUCUCAAUUGUUUUUAAUAUAGCCAUCUUUAACACAACAAUAAAUAAGAUUAAGAGUCUACGGCAAUGCAAGCGUUUCUAGGAGCUGUGAUGUGAGCUAAAUACUCUUAUUAUUAGCAUGUUAACAUGCUCACAAUAACAAUGUUUACUUGCUGAUGUUUAGCGCGUCUAAUGUAUUAGUGUUCACCAUCUUAUUUUAGUGUGUUUGCAUGCUAACAUUAGCUAAUGAGCGCCAAACACAAAGUACAGCUGAGGCUGAUGGGAGUGUCCUCCUCAAUCACAGAGUUUUUCACAUUCCCCUUGAAAUCUGAAAAACUAUUGUCACAUUUUUAUUACUUCAAUUAAAGCCCUAAAAGGUAUUACAAUUGGAGACUAUUUAUGUCAUGGUGCAAAAAAGCUGUGUUUUUGCUGAAUGCAUUGACUGAAGAUAUUUUGACAUAUUCUGGUAAGCACAGAUAAUAAUAAAUAAUAAAAUGAAUGAUGCACUCCUUUAAGCUGCUUCAUUUUCCUGGUAGUGUGCAUGCUGACUCACUGUCACACAUCAUAGUUUACUUGGAAUCUUGACUAGAACAAAGCCAUUGUUAAUGUUAUAUUAGUAACACCUGUGCCUUAGUACUAAGACCUUUGUGGAACAGGUCAAUUAAUCAUGACGAGUUGGCAAGUUUGGAGAGCCGCUGUUGGAUGAUUGUUUGUACAAAAUACAAAACCUAGAUGUUAAACUUA